AACGUUUUCGCACCUAUUUUCCUGUGUAUAAAAAGAGCUCUUUGUGGAUUUCAUAGUGAUUAAAAAUUUUAUUACCGUUUAAUUUGGAUUGCUUUUAACCAUCUGUGUACAUUUUGCGUAAAAAAAGGGUUACGCUUUAACCUUGUACGUUUUGUUGCAUUGUAUUGGAGAAUACAGCCCGACGAGAUUAAGGAACGACUUCACAGCUAAAGUGGUAUCUAUUUUGAACGCAUCGUACUUUUCCCCUCUUUCAAAUCUUAUUUCGUAAGCUUGUAUUGCGGCACCCCAAGCAGGGGAAACAAUAUCUUAUAUGACUUUUGAAAGAUUAAGUGACGCCACAAUUGAAGCUAAAUCUGUGACAUCACAGCUGAUAUCGGUCGACGCCUAUUUGCGUGUUGCUACCUUUAUCAUCAGUACGUGCAGUUGUUGGUCAUCGCCGUCACCAGUAUAUUUCAGCAAGGUAUUCAAAUUGAGCUUUGCCAACCUGUCGCUGCACAAGCAAUCGCCGUUCAAACUUCUGACCGUGCUCCUACUAUUGCUCGUGACAACGUGUUUUAAGAGCGAUCUCUAUCAUAUGCUGGGCAAUUUUUUGAUCAAACGACAAACUGUGGCCAUCACCUAUGACCUCAGCGAAGCUCCAGCAAAAAAAGGCGCACCCCCAAUUCAACAAAAACGGAGUAAAGGCUUUGAGCUGUGCAUGAAUUUAAAGAGGCGAAUUAUAGGUCAUCGGACUUCAAGUAACAGACACCGGAAGCUGCAGCCAUUCAGGUACACGUGAACCUAUAGCAGUGUCGUUCCAAAAUUAUUUUGCUAACAAAAGACACCACAAGCAAACAAAAUUUAAACUCUCAUCGGUAAUAAGAAAC